AUGUCAAGGGCCACAGUUGCACGGGCUUUGGAGGAUGCUGGUUUGUCUACGGAUGUGGUAGCAAAGGAAUUUGCAAAACUUCGCGGCAGUCACAUGGAUGACAUAUUCCUGAGUGAAUGCCUUCAACUGUUGGAAAAGACCAAGGAUAUCGGCCCCGACCCCGGAGCCUUCGCCAGCCUUAUCGAAUACACUCGAGAAAAAUUAAACAGCGGACACUGGAGCGAAGUGCCCGAUUGCUGGCGUAUUUCCUACGCACUACUCCGACUGGCCUCUGCUAUCGUUCGCCUGAAUGCUGCCUCAGCAGACAGUAAAGCCACGUGCCAGUUAAAGUUAGCUCUUUGGGAGCUUGAUGAUGCCCUGAUCAUGGGCUUCUGCGACCUCAACGAGGGUAUAACGAAGCUAGCCAGUUUUCUGAAUAGUUUGACAGAUGACCCGUCUGACCAUCGCUUCCCCAAAUCUUAUCCCGAGCCGAGCUCCGGUGCUGUUGACUUGGAGGCGUUUAAAUUCAAGGGCGAAAGGAUUUCAGUCUUGCAGCGGGUGCAUCAACCCUCACCCAGCGAAUUUAUGCGGAUUCUAGCGCAGGGUGUGCCCGUAAUCAUCACCGGUGCCAUGAAACACUGGCGAGCACUCAAUCCAACCAACGCACACUACUGGUCGCCUUCCUAUUGGUCCAAAUGUGCUGGCCGCCGAACCGUCCCCGUGGAGGUGGGCUCAGCUUACACAGAUGACAAGUGGGGCCAGCGUUUGAUCACAGUUGAUUGCUUUCUAGAGCGUUUCAUCUUACCCGGUCUGGAGCAGAAGGACCAGCAACCGUCCGGCUACCUGGCUCAGCAUCAACUCUUUCUCCAGAUUACGGAACUCGCGGACGACGUAGAUAUACCUGAGUACUGCUACGUGGGCGGCCCAACAGACAGUGAGACUACAACCAUUGACAGUAAUAUAUGGUUCGGUCCUGCCGGCACAGUCUCACCCCUGCAUCACGAUAGUGACAGGUCGAACGUCCUCUGUCAGGUGAUCGGCAAGAAGUAUGUUAAGUUGUACACAGCCGAUCAGACUGACCUGAUCUACCCCCACGGCGAUUCCAUGCUUUCCAACACCUCACAGGUGGAUGUAGUUGCUCCACGGCUGGAAGAGUUCCCCCGCUUCGCCAAUGCCUCUGGCUUCCAUGGCUGCAUUGAGGCCGGCGAGAUGCUUUUCAUUCCGCCUCGUUGCUGGCACUACCUCCAAUCCCUGUCAUGUAGUAUAUCAUUGAACUUUUGGUGGAAUGUCUCCCCAGACUUCAUUCCUCAAUGGCCACCCUCCUACACUGCCGCUGCAAGCAGUAAACAAAGUGAUAAAACCUAUUGA